AUGUUUCGAUCAUGUAUCAGCGCCAAACACCACACUCGCACAACGGAUGUGGAGACCCGUAUGCCACGAGCACGACCUCUCAGUAAGUUUCGGGCAUCCAUCUCAGGUCUCUUUGUUAAAGGAACGGAGAUUGGGACUGUCAAUGAAACCUCAACCGCUCUCCAAGCUUUCGACCGGCCCCCCCAUUCCCAACAUGUCAUAAAUAUCACUGCCAUCAUUGAUGCAGAAGUCCUGAAAGGACUUCAAGAAAUAUUCGAGGCCCUUCAUGAUCCCUCUAUCCUCGACGCCCGGAGGCAUCAACGUUACAAUUUAAAUCCCCUCGUCAUUUCCGUCUUCGCAGAAACGCCUAUUCCCAACAUCGUCGACAUCCUCCGGCCUCGCUGUCGCCGCACCCAGACUAUAUACGAGAUUCCUGCGUUGACUCUCCUUACCUCGUCUUUGGAUUCAACUGCUCAAACGCCUGUUCCGGCCAUUACCCAGUCAGAGUCAAAGGCAUUGGUCCCAGCUACUAUCACCCAUGAGCCGAGAGUUAUGAAAACCAGUGACUUUCAGAUCAUCCGAUACCUUGGAGAAGGAACAAGCGGGAAAGUUUAUUAUGUCAAGGAUCAAAUUUCCAAAGCCAAGGUCGCUCUCAAGGUUGUUUCGAAGGCCAGAAAGAAUGACUACACCCUCAGCAUCGUACUGUUGGAACGUGAAAUUUCGGAAAAGCUUUCUGAUUCUCCAUGGUUUGUUAAACUUUGGGCAUCGUGGCACGAUGAUACCAAUCUAUAUAUCGCCAUGACUGCGUAUCCUACGGAUUUGGACAGUGAGAUGAUUAGAUGCAACGUCAUAGAACCACAGAGAGCGCGCUUCUAUAUGGCUGAGAUUAUCAUCGCUCUGACCGAGUUGCACUCACGAGGAAUCAUCCAUCGUGACAUCAAGUCUCCCAAUAUUCUGAUUGAUCGCGAAGGUCACAUCGUCCUCGCUGACUUUGGACUGUCUAAGGAUUUUGGAGAGAAGCCGACCAUUGCUGAGCGUAUCUACCAGCCUUAUUGGCCCUACCUACGAGAUGAGAACGCUACCUCGGAGACGGAGCCUAGAGACCCGGAAGAACUAUUCUUCGUGGCCUGGGAUUAUCGUGGAUCGGAACUCGAGAUGGCACCAGAGGUUCACCUACGACAGCCCUAUUCGUUCGGGGUAGAUUUCUGGUCAGCCGCGGUAGUUCUGUUUUGGAUGCUGACAGGAAGGCCUCCCUUCUAUGAUUACGAAGAAGAAUACGAGGAUGAGGGAGAGGAGGACGUCAAGCCUCUUGCAUGUAAGAUUGCGGAGGACCCUCUUUAUUGGGAUCCAAACGAUAAUGUCGAUGAAGACACCAUCGACUUUCUUGAAAGGAUGUUAGCUAAAAACCCGAAGAAGAGGUUAAUGAUAUCCUAUGAGAUGCCUAAUCACCCCUACUUUGCUGGAAUUAAUUGGACUCUCAUGGAAGAGCGCAAGGUUCCUCCUCCCUGGGUGCCACAAAGCGAGAUCAGCCACGUCUACGAGCCAACCACACCCAACUUCGAGCCUGGUAUUCCAUACAAAGACGAGGAAUCGGAUCCUUACCCGGAGUUCAACUAUAUCUCAGAGGAAGCAAGGACACGCUUCUCAACCUACGACGUCAAUGACGACUCAGAAGAUGACUCCGACGGCAGCUUCGAUACAGUAUCGGAUGUGGAGAUCAUGCGCAUGGGAAGCUACGAGGACCUUCUGUUUGGACGGGAGUCAUCCAGUGCGCCAACGACCCCAGACCGAUGCGGCCACGACCUUCAAGUUGACAAAGAAAAAACUGGUUCCCUCGUUGAUACCGCCCUGCACAAUCCUGGAUGGGACGUUACCAUUAUCACACCACCAUCUACAAGGCCGUGUGGUCCAGGUCCCAAACUAUGGCUUAAGCCUCAAGACUUCGCAAAGUUAAGCACCAUCAUUGCCCCGCCUGCACUCCCUGCCAUUUCUUCCCCUCCUGUUUCUGCACACUUUUCUUUGGAAACCCCAACUCUAAAUAUCAGUGUCAAGCUUUGCAUGUCCACGCCUUCCCAGGAUUGCGUUCAGGAUUCAACGGUCGCCCUUCCUUGUCAGCCUCUCCCUCAAGAUAAGCCAUCUUCUCAUGGAUCCGGUAUUUUUUCACGCCUUCGGUCAUGGCUGACUAGCCUAUGGGCUCCCACUGGCAACCGCUCAUAG